ACAUUUGCGUGAGUUAAACUCAAAACACCCCCUUCAAGUAAGUGAAAACCCAAACGUGGCUAGACCAACCAGUCAUGUUCACUUUGUAUUUGCAUCUCUCUUCCAAAACAUGACAAAACAAAAGAAAAAUAUGCGACAAAAACAGAAACACUAACCCUUUUGUCUGCUUUGUGAAGUCGAUGAAACCUAUGUUAUCACAACUCAAAAAUUUAGAGCACCAAAAACUUAACCUUCAACACACACAAGGCAAUUCUUUGAGAUAUACAACUCCUUCCUCUUUUGUCCUCUCAAAUUUCCUAACUUUUUCCGUCCACAAACAACUAUUUAACCAUCUCCUUCCCCAUUUCCAAAUUUCAACCUUUCUUCUAACCAAAACAAAAAAAGAAAUAAAAAUACCCCCCAGAAAAAAGGUUUCAUGCCAUGACCACCAUCUCUUAUCUUACCUACUUCCCAGUGAGGUGUUCUUCCAGCAGAGAUAGCCACGACUCCAAUAAGCAAAAGCUGAGCAGCAUCAAGAUCAAUGGAACUUCCACGAAAACCGCAACCAAAGUUGAUAUGGCAGCUGGUGUGGCAACCAGAAAUGACUUCGUGACUGAGCAGCAGGCUAGACAGAACAUUCCGACAACCAAGCAGUCCGUUGAUCAUUUCCGACAAGCGUUUAGCAUCGAAGGCGGCGUGGGGUACAGGCAGAGGGUUGUCAUUAGGUCCUAUGAGGUCGGCCCGGAUAAAACUGCCACACUUGAGAGCAUCCUCAAUCUGCUUCAGGAGACGGCAUUGAAUCAUGUUUGGAUGUCUGGACUCCUGAGUGAUGGAUUUGGAGCAACACAUGAAAUGAUGAAGAAUGAUCUUAUUUGGGUUGUUUCAAGAAUGCAAGUUCAAGUUGACCAGUAUCCAAUCUGGGGAGAGGUACUGGAAAUCGACACUUGGGUUCAAGCAUCAGGGAAGAAUGGUAUGAAGCGAGACUGGUUGAUCCGAAGCCAAGCUACGGGCCAUAUUUUCGCUCGUGCGACCAGCACCUGGGUGAUGAUGAACCAGAAAACUAGGCGCCUUUCGAAAAUGCCAGAGGGAGUGAGGGGUGAGAUUGCACCUUGGUUCAUACAGAAGCAGGCAAUCCCAGACGAUGUCCCUGAUAAAAUCGUCAAGUUGGACAACAACGCUAAGUAUGUCAAUAACGAUUUGAAGCCCAAGAGAAGUGAUUUGGACAUGAACCAGCAUGUCAACAAUGUCAAGUACGUACGAUGGAUGCUUGAGACGAUUCCUGACAAUAUUUUGGAGUCUCACCAACUGACUGGAAUCACACUAGAAUACAGAAAGGAGUGUGGGAGUUCAGAUAUUGUUCAAUCGCUUUGCGAUCCAGACAAAGAUGGAAUGUUGAUAGAGGGACUGAAACAAGAGAAUCAUGACACAAGUCUACUGAAUGGAUUUUCUCUGGGAGCUGGGAUUCUUGAGAACAGCGUGUUUUUGGGCUCCCUUGAGAAGCAGCCAUUCAGAUAUACACAUCUCCUCCAAACAACUGGGAACCAUAAAGAUGAAGAGAUUGUUCGGGGACGGACUGUUUGGAAGAAAAAACCAGAGCCCUCCCCAUUUGCUUCUAUGUAGAAAAAUUGCAUCAAAAUCUAUGUAGAAAAAUUGUAUCACAAAGGAGCUUAGAAGCUUGUCCUCUAGGAAAUGGGAUGCCCUGAAUAGUAAAGAGCAUGCUGUGGAUUAGGUCUAAGCCCCGGGAUCUUUCAUUGUUUCGGAUCUUGCUAGCUUCGUCGAAGCUGACUGAAGAUCCUAAUAAAUGAGUCAGACGUGUAAAUGACGAGUCUUCGAAAAUAGGGUAACAAAAAACAAGAAACAUUAUGGAUUCUAUAAUGUGAAAAUAAGUCUAAUGUGUGGUCAUGAAAGUAAGAAAGUGAACUUUAAGCCUCAUGGUAAAGGGUACAGGGAUUUUGAUUAAAAAGAGUCAUUUCAUUUGGGUCUGUAAUUUGUACAGCCAUUGUCGUAAUACUAUUUGUAAAGAAUAAUAGUAAAUUCAUCACUAAAAUUGUUUACAGAACAUACUUUUACUCGUUUCGACUUCCACUCUAGAGAGAAACUACAAUGGAAUGGACUAAUUAAGACAACUCUCAAGUCAGAUAUAACCAAUAUAAAGUCGGGUGGUACAAAAUAUAAAUAUCACAUUUUGCGAGACGUGCCAUACAAUCGGUAUACCUUGAACAUUUCCUCAUAUCGAACGAGUGAAGCGGAUUGACAAAUUCUAUACUCUCAAGGAAAUUUGACUCAGCUGUUUGCCAUGACUCAUUUGGUACAUUAUUACAUAGAUGAAAUAUUCAUGCAACUAACAAUUUUUU